GAAAUAAGGCAUGGAAGUUAAUUGUUGAACAAGUUAAUAACAAUUCAUUAAACAAAACAAUUUGAAUCGAACACACUAUAUUAGUGAUUGCCAUUUUGUGCCUGAAUUAAUUGAGAUUGUGAUACUUAACUGAAAAGUGAUAAAAUAUUCUUGCCAUGGCGGUCACAAUGGUUGUUCUCGCGGCUUCCCUGGGAAUGUUGUUAUUUUUUAAAACGGUUUCGUGUAAUCCGGUAAUUGCAGGUGCAAGCUCUUCGGCUGGAUCAUUUGCUUCCUCGUCUGCUGGACUGGGGCAGUAUGGAGGCGAAGGAUUUCCAUUGAUUCCAAUUCAGCAAAUCCCUGCUGAAGUUUUCAACAAUGGUCAUCAAAUACAAGCAAGGUACUUCAAUGAACUUGCAAAGCACCUGCAAAUGUUGAAUGAGCAAUUUGCUGCUCAACAUGCAGCAGUACAAAAAUCAUUGCAGCAAGCGCUGCAGCAAGCGCAAGCCAAUUCGCUUUCGAAUGGAAAUCCUGGCGGAGUUUACACAUCAUACCAACCGCCACCCUCAGGAAGCGCUUUCCCCAUGCCAGUCGGUGCUAUGCCUUCAUAUCAAUACGGCAGCGGAGCAAACGGGCCAAUUGCUGCCAUGGCCGCCGCCAGUUUGGGGCCAAACGGCGGAUUUCAGUCUGCUCAGCUCUCGCCGCCCAAUCCUAAUUCACCUAACGUCUUAAACCGCUUCGGAAGUGAAGGUGGAACUGUACCAGGUGGCACUUACUCCGUCUUUACCUCCAGUGUUUCAGGCAGUAGUGAUAUUAACGGAAAAAAGACAUCCUUUAGAAAAGCACAAACCACUGUCAAUGACAAUGGAAAAGUCUCAACAUACACAGUGCAAGAUCCAUAAAUUAAAAGAGUGAAAAAUUAUUUUAUAAUUAUAUAUAAGCAAUUAUUU